GUCAUAGCAGAGUGUGGAUGCCCCAGCACAGACAGAAAAGUGGUGAACUCUGGUAAGCGCUUGAGGGCGCAUGUGGGCAUCGAUGAGGGAAAUGUUUGCAGCUCCUGCAAUUUGAGGGGAAACUGUGAGAGAGCAUUUGUGAAGGCGGGUGAAGAUGAAGGAGGGCGCACGGUUGAUGUUAUGCGAAUCUUGUUGACAUAUGGACUUGACCCCGUAAGCAAUACUGUGGAGAAUAAACCAUGUCUGACUAGAACAGUUAAGGAAUCAGUCAGAGCACUGCUAAAGCAAAUGGCAGAGUAUGGCACCGAUGUACUUGGCUCUGAUUUGUCGAAAUCCACACCAGCUGGUGAUUUAUCCUCGCAUUCAAGUUCGGAAGAGAAAGGCUACAAAGAUGUUCCAAUGAAACAAGGAGAUUGGCAUUGCCCCAAGUGCAACUUCUUAAACUUUGCUAAGAACAUCAAAUGCUUGCAAUGCGAUACCUUUUCUCAGGAAAGAUUGAAUCAACUGCCGGAAGACCAAGAUCAUCUUCCGCUAAAAAAAGGAGACUGGAUAUGUGACAAAUGCAAUUUCUUAAAUUUUGCAAAGAAUACUAGAUGUUUGCAGUGCAAAGAGAAACCCCUGGAAAGGCUACUCAAUCUUGGGGAGUGGGAAUGUGAAUCGCGAGUUCUUGCUAAUCCAUUAUUUUAGUUAAUUCCUACAUUGAGCAGUUAUAGUUGUUCCUGAGCUGUUCUGCCCUUAUGGAUCUGUGAU